AUUAUUGCUUGUUAUGUGGGUCCACAAGGUUUACAGGAAGGUUCACAACGCAAUUCAACAUCGCAAACUUUCAAUUUUAAUCAAUCAAUCCCAACUUAAACAAUAAACCCAACAAUUCUACGAUACCUCACCCGAUCAUACAGUACUCAUCAUAAAUACUACUCGAAAAAUUAAUCCCUUUCGACUUAAUCAUCAUGGCAGACAUCGAUAUGGAAAUCGACGAGCCCGGCUCUCCCCAAGCUACCCAGGCAAAGGUUAGCGACAUGCAGACGCAUACCAAAGCCACAGCUGUCCGAUCGAUCGAGGGUUGGAUUAUUAUGGUUACCAACGUACACGAGGAGGCCGACGAGGAAACCAUACACGACAAAUUUGCCGACUUUGGCGAGAUUAAGAACCUGCACCUGAAUCUAGACCGCCGAUCUGGUUACGUCAAGGGCUACGCAUUAAUCGAGUAUGCCACCCUAGACGAGGCUCGAGCCGCUAUCGAUGGAGCACACCAAUCCAAGCUUUUAGAGCAAACCAUCUACGUCGACUUCGCUUUUGUGAGACCGCCUCCGGGAAAGGGUAAUAGGGGUCCUAGGCAGUCGCAUCGUGGUCGAGGUCGGAGUCGAAGUCGCAGCCCGGAGGCACAUAAGGAUGAAAAUAUAGAGUAACUGAAGGGGGAGUGAGGACUCGAGGAGCCUUGCUUGAACAAUAAGUGGAACUUCAUCGUAUCUAGGGCAGAUGGCUGCGUACUGGUUUCAGCCGAUAUGUCGCCAGAAUAAAAAGACAAAUCGGCGCAUGAAAUCUUCCUCAAUAGUCAUGUGGUAUGAUAUCGUGAAUAUAUUCGAUAUGUGUAGCUAUAAGCUACUGCGAAUAUGGCUUGGGGCGAU